UUGCAGCCCUUGCUAUCAUCCAACGUCAGCCCAAGCACUUUGAAGGAAACACCUCAAGCUCGAACCGACGCAGCCUUGGGUCCUAUAUCCGAUUUCAACACCGAUUGUUUCAAACAGCAGAACUAUGGCCGAUCAAGAUGGACCUAACGCCUCGUCUUUGCCGCCAGAGGCGAUAGCGUUCGCAGGCAGAAUGUACGACGCGGCUCGGUCAGGCCAGAAUGAAGUUUUUGAGCAGGCAUUGCCAGCUGGAUUACCCCCCAAUAUGACGAACGAGAAAGGCGAUACUCUUCUCAUGCUGGCCGCAUAUCAUGGUCAUGCCGACUUGGUCAAGCUUUUAAUACAACACGGGGCGGAUCCGAAUCGCGCAAACGACCGGGGCCAAAGUCCUUUGGCUGGUGCUGUGUUCAAGCAAGAGCCGGAUGUCAUUAAUGUAUUGCUUGAAGGCGGCGCUGACCCAGACCAUGGCGCUCCUACGGCACUAGAAUGUAUAGCAAUGUUCAAACAGGAGGAUCAAUGGAAGGAAAAGUUCGAGUCUGCGCCUGGCAGAGGGAAAGCGGUUCCAGCAAACCCGAAGUCACCGGCACGCGCGACGACUACCAAUACCACCUGACCGGCACCCACUACGCCAACAACUGCGAACUCGCCGCGGUAGCCUACGACGUCGACCUGAACGCCUUUGCCUCGUAAGAUCCCGGCCUCAGCAACGUAUUGGAUCCGGCGUGCGCAUUUAUUAAGGGCGUCCGCUACUACGGCUCGUAGUACCUUGAACAAGCAAAGCAAGAUGUCGCCAUAGCUAUAACGAGUGCAAGUGACGACCCGUCAAACACAUCCCCGACGCCGCCGGGACCCAUUAUGUCAGGCUCACCCGUAGACUGUAACAAGUAGGCCAUCGUUAGGGGUCCCCU